UACGUCAAUCCACCUGACCUGUCUGGGCUUUUUUCCCUGACUCUACAGAAUCGCCCCGUGACCCCCCUCAUUUCACCGAAAACAAGUAUGCCUUUUACCGAAAACCAAGUCUGGCCUUUUGUUUUUUCUGUUGUAGUACUUCUGCUUUAUUAUUUAAAAAAAAAACAUGCUGCGUUGUCGAAACUGUUGUUAAAAAUGUGCUCCAGAGAACGUCUUGUACGCUUCCCUGUCACGCGUAUCACACAGAAGACAUGUCUCGUGGACCAAUCUCCCAAUCUCCCUUUACAAUUACAACGAGCCUUGUCUUUCUUCGACACAAACACCCCUUCCCAGAGGAGGAUCGAAUAACAUAGCUGAUGUGAAAUUGAGCAUUUCUUGAGAGUUCUCCUAGUUCUGAAACAGGUAGGAGUUAACUGAACCUUUCUGUUGCUUAAACCCAUGUGCUAGUUUACACUAAGAUCAUUGAAAAUUUUAGUGAAAGUUUUAGUCAUAGAAAACCUCAGACCUUGCAGUAUAGAAGACAUAGAGAGAGGUGCACAAUAAUGGCUUCCAGCUCCAGAUCUGGAACUGCUUAUUUGUAGUUGAUGAGCAUUAGCAGGAUGUACCCUUGCAUAGACAUGCUGCACCACUAAAGAAAAAUCAGCCUUUCUAUUUUUGGGGAGAAGAAAAUGCUUCCAGUGAAACUCAGUAGCUUUCUUCUAGUGAAAAAAAACCCCUCAGUGACAGGAUUCCUUUCUAUUUUCCACCCAUAAUCAAUUUUGAAAGUUUAAAAGGCAAUCGGAAAUGACACCCAGAAACAAGAACACUCAUGACACAAAUCUAAAACUUACAUUAACCAUGUGCAAUCUCACUUUUCAGCUUUCUAGUGUAUUUUAUUGAUCAUUUUCCCAGUAGUCAUUUGAGACACAACUUUGGUUGGUUUUCUUAGAUCACCUCUCAUACAUUUCCUGUUUGUGGUGAACAGCUAUGACUUUUAUAUGAUAUAAGCCUGAAAAUGCAACUGAAACAUUUAACUCUGCAGCAGAUUGUGGUGUAGUUGAUUAAAAAAAACUCAUGCUGUUGAGAUAAGUGUUGUUCUUGGAAAUCAAGAUAAUAAACCAAGAUAAGCAAUCACCAAUAGAGCGAAGAAAGGUCAAGUUAAUAAAAAGGUAUCUCCCCAAAUAAAGGAUGUAGCUUUAAACUACCAAAUAAACACUUUAUUUUUGCACUAACUAACUAACUAACUAACUAACUAACUAACUAACUAACUAACUAACUAACUAACUAACUAACUGUGUCUAUCAAUAAGCAUAUUCUGAUGAGAACGAAAAUGAUUACUAUGUGCCAAGAUAUUAUACAGAAAACCCCCCACUAAAUAUCCGUUUCUCAUGUUUUAUACAUACAUCUAUCAUAUGGAGGACUAUAUCAUAUGACCCAUUCUAUAUUAAUGUUUAAAAUGGAUCUUGAUUUUUGACACUUUGUUCAACAUAUGAAAAAAAAGUUUUUCUUAAGGAUUAAUUGGAUAGUUACGUGUUGAUAGUUAAGGAUUCUCUAGGAAAAUCGGGGGUUCCUUUUAUAAUAUGAGCUCCUUGCACAGGAUUUUUACAUAAACACUUGAAGCAAAAAACCAAAGACACUUUUAAAUUUGUAUUGAUAUAUAAAAAAAGAAUUUGUUAUAUUUUCCCAGAAUUUGUUAUAUUUUCCCAUUAUAACUAUAUGUCUGUGAUGUAGGCACCUGCGCCACCACAUAUCUUGGUAUCUGCUCCUUGUCUAUUCACCAGCAAGUAUAAGUACACAGAAUUAGCAAUAAAUUUUUACCUAUGUACCUUUCACACCAACACUGCAGUUUUUUUUAUUAUAUAGCUGAUUAUAUAUUACCAAAGAUACCCAAUUCACAUUAUGUAAAUAUGUUCUUAAUUUUACAAGAAAUUGUAAUGGUUUUUUUUUCUUCCUAAGAAUGUAAGUUCAUGUAUAGGAAAUUCCCCUAAUAAAACCUUAUCUGUCAGUGAUGACUGCAGUGCAGGUAUGACCUUUUCUUUACAUUACUGUUUUUUGCUUUCUUUACUGUAUGAUUUUUCUGUUAACAGUGGAAAAACCUUCCUAAUAAUAACCAUUCACUGAUUUAGAAAAAUAUGUCCACUAGUCUGUUACAGUAAUCCUUUACACUGCAGAGAAAAAUCAUUUUGAUUGUCAGACGUUAAGAUAUAAUUUCAAUAAAUUGAGGAUUAUACUGUCAAAACUCAUUUUUAAUGUGUAGGCUGCUUUAUCACAGAGAGAUUUUUAUAUAGCUGUGUACUAAGUAGCAGCGGAGAGCAUAGUAUAGAUAGUGAGUAAGAGGAAGUGAAUGUGGCUAAGUGGUAAAAGAAAUUUUUUCUAUUCUCACUGUGCUCCUUACUUCAUGAGAGAUUGAGCACAACCACUGAUGAGGACCGGUAAUGAAGUGCUGUACUUGCUGUGUACUGCUAUUCCUGUCUGUUGUGCUCUGUGCUCAAUUCAGGGUCAAAUGUGCUUCAGUGGAAUUAAACACUUUUAAUAUGAAGAUUAGCCACACAUCACAUAGCUUAAACUUGUCUUGGGAGAAGCCAAAUCAACAGAAAAGCGAACUGUGCUAUAGGACCCAUGUGCAGUACCGGAGCCACUGUGAGACUUCAUGGAAGAAUAAUACUAACAUUUCAAGGUUCUCCUUUGUGCUGCCUGCUCCAGAUUUGAAAAAGAAUUAUGCUUUCAGACUAAGGAUGAGGCUAGAAUGUAUCCAAAAGACAUGGGGAGAAUGGAGUCCAGUGAAAUACUGGAGGAAUGACACAGGACCCUGCAUUACAGAGGCAUCAUCAUUUACAGUAAAGUAUUAUUUGUUGAUAUCGAUGGCGCCAGUGGCAGGUUUCAUGCUUGUCUAUGCAAUUACACAUGAUCGGGUAAGAAGACUUGUCCUUCCUAUAAUUCCAGAUCCAAAGCAUAUCCAAGAGAGAAUUUUAAACAUUGAACAGGUUCAGUGGUGGAGCAACUUUACACAAACAUGUGAAGAUUGCAAGGUAUCAGAAAUAAAGGCUAAUGACAGGGAGGAGGAGAAGACUGAAAUCACUCUCAUCAAGUGUGAUCUUGAUGUUGAUGAACAGCUCCCUCACACUCAUCCUAAUCACAUGGUUCCUGGAAGGCAUAGCUUUGACCUUGCCAAAAAUGACAGCAUGUAUUCCAUUUACUCUUCUGAUACGUCUGAGGACAACAUUGGUACACAAUGUCCAACUAUCAGACCAGGCUACAUCAUUAUUUAAAUACUGACUUUGCUUAUGUAAACAUGGUUUAGGGAGAUAAAGCGAAUGAAUGAACAAGUUUGCUGCUAUACUAAUAUGCAAUUGUCUUAAGUUUGUCUACCUAUUAAAUACUUUAUAGAUAUGUUUUAAAACUUUC